GGACCCUCUACCUAGGGCCCUGUGUCUGGUCGGGACGCCAGACUCUGGCAUUUUGUAAAAAGUGCUGGAGUUGAGGCCGGCAGAAAACUGAACGGCGGGAGCUAGCCAAAGCAAGGCCUUCAGUGCCAACCGCGAGACUACUAUUGCGACCAUGGCUGCUGAGUCUGAUGUUCUACACUUCCAGUUUGAACAGCAAGGAGAUGUGGUCCUACAGAAAAUGAACCUCUUGAGACAGCAGAAUUUAUUUUGUGAUGUAUCGAUUUAUAUUAACGAUACUGAGUUCCAGGGGCACAAGGUGAUUUUGGCUGCUUGCUCCACUUUCAUGAGAGAUCAGUUUUUACUCACACAGUCAAAACAUGUCAGAAUCACCAUCCUGCAGAGUGCAGAAGUUGGCAGGAAGUUGCUGCUGUCCUGCUAUACUGGAGCACUUGAAGUGAAAAGAAAGGAGCUUUUGAAAUACUUGACUGCUGCCAGUUACCUUCAGAUGGUUCACAUUGUAGAAAAAUGCACCGAAGCUUUGUCGAAGUAUCUGGAAAUUGAUCUUUCUAUGAAAAAUAACCAACACACUGACUUGUGUCAAUCCUCAGACACAGAUGUUAAGAAUGAGGAAGAAAAUUCUGACAAAGACUGUGAGAUCAUUGAAAUUUCAGAAGAUAGUCCCGUAAACCUAGAUUUCCAUGUUAAAGAAGAAGAAAGCAGCACAUUACAGUCUGCUGUAGAGAGGCUGACAGCAGAGCGAAGGGGAAUGACAUCACCAGAGCUCUCUACAGUAGAUGGCGGCUUUAAAGAGAAUGAGAUUUGUAUUCUCCAUGUUGAGUCCAUCCGUACAGAGGAUGCAGAGAAUGGGCAGUUUUCAGAGCCUUGCACCUCAUCCGAAGCCGGCAUGUAUUUCUCUGAAACCCAGCACUCAUUGAUCAACUCCACUGUUGAGAGCAGAGCUGCACAAGUUCCUGGAACUCAAAAUCAAGGCUUAUUUUCCGAGACUGCUGAUGGAAGUCACGGUCCAGUCGAUGAGAUUCAGAAUCAGGAUGAGAAUUUUACCUUGAGGCACCAGUGCCCCAGGUGUCCAAGGGGCUUUCUUCACGUAGAAAACUAUCUGCGCCACCUCAAGAUGCACAAACUCUUCUUGUGCUUGCAGUGUGGUAAAACAUUUACACAGAAGAAAAAUCUCAACCGCCAUAUUCGAGGACACAUGGGUAUACGGCCCUUCCAGUGUACAGUGUGCUUGAAGACCUUCACUGCUAAGAGCACACUUCAGGACCACUUGAACAUACACAGUGGGGACCGGCCAUAUAAAUGCCAUUGUUGUGAUAUGGAUUUCAAACACAAAUCUGCUCUCAAAAAACACUUAACUUCGGUACAUGGAAGGAGCAGUGGUGAAAAACUAUCUCGGCCUGAUCUCAAAAGGCAGAAUCUACUGUAAUCAAACCAUGAACUUGCGAAGUAAA